AUGGCAACGAACAACAUGAACAACCUCACAACUCUUAUCAAGCGUCUCGAAGCUGCUACAGCUAGACUUGAAGACAUCGCUACCUCGACCAUUGAGCUUCCUCAAGCUGUCACUUCCCUCAACCAAUCUGUUAUAUCGCCGCCUACUGUCGCCAAUGCCUCGCCUCCCCCGCCCCCGCCGCCACAAGCUGUCGCUGCGCCCCAGGCGCCCCCUGAGCCGGUCCCCGAGUCCGUCGAGGAGUUUGACCAGUUCAUAGCUACUUCGGUUGAAAAAUAUGUCAAGAUCAGCGAGCAGCUGGGGGGUCUCAUUGCUGACCAGGCUGCCAAGGUAUUGCAGGGUUUCCAAGCCCAGCGCAACUUCCUACUCAUCACUACCAAGGCCAAGAAGCCUGACCUGAAUGGUGCUGAGAUGGCUGUAUACCAAGACCUCCUUAAACCCAUCAACGAAGCUCUCGUCGCUGUUAGCAACAUCAAGGAGUCCAACCGAGGAUCGGCUGUCUUUAGCCAGCUGAGCGCUGUUGCCGAGGGCAUCAUGGUUCUCGCAUGGGUUACCGUCGAUAACCGUCCCUACAAGCACGUCGAGGACUCACUCGGCUCUGCGCAGUUUUUCGGCAACAGGGUGUUGAAAGAGCAAAAAGACAAGGAUGUGCAGCAGACUGAAUGGGUCCAAGCUUUCUAUCAAGUUUUCCGCGACCUGACCGACUAUGUCAAGCAACACUUCCCCAACGGCAUACCCUGGAACCCUAAGGGGGAGCCUGCUCAGGAAGUCGCCAAGUCUCUGUCCGCUUCUGUUGCUGCCGCUUCCGCCUCUCCUGCUCCCCCCCCCGCUGGCGGCUUGCCCCCUCCACCCCCGCCUCCUGGGCCACCUCCCGUUCUUGAAAUCAAGGAAGAAACGCCGGGCGGAAAAGGUGGAUUGGGCGCUGUCUUUUCCGAGCUGAACAAGGGCGAGGCUGUUACAAAGGGUCUUCGCAAGGUUGACAGAUCGGAAAUGACGCACAAGAACCCGUCGCUUCGAGCAGGUUCGACAGUAUCUGAGCGAGAGGGCUCAGUGCGUGGCAAGAGCCCUGCUCCGGGCAAGAAGCCCAAGCCGGAAAGCAUGCGCGUCAAGAAGCCGCCAAAGAAGGUGCUCGAGGGCAAUAAGUGGACUAUCGAAAACUUUGAAAAGGAGCCUGAGCCUAUCGAGAUCGAUGCAUCCAUCUCCCACUCUAUUUUGAUCAGCAAGUGCAGCAACACCACCAUCAUUGUCAAGGGCAAGGCAAAUGCUGUCACCAUUGAGAAUUCGAGCCGCCUGUCGCUGAUUGUGGAAUCUCUGGUGUCCACGGUGGACGUCAUCAAGUCUCAGAACUUUGCGUUGCAGGUUAUGGGGGCUGUACCGGCUGUAUUGAUGGAUUCAAUUGACGGCGCUCAAGUUUACUUUAGCAAAGAGAGUACGGGGACCAAGAUUUUCUCGAGCAAGUCCUCCGGCAUCAACCUCAACAUUAUUUCAGGGGAAGACGAGGACUACAAGGAAGUGCCCCUGCCAUCGCAAAUCUGCUCCUACUACGAUGAAAGCCAGGGCGACCUCGUUAACGAGAUUGUCAGUCAUUCUGGAUGA